AUGAAGACUAUAAAAUUAAAAGCGCGUACAGGAUGGAUCCUAUUAAUAAUUGGAGGACUAACUAUAGUCUCUACGUCUGCGGCUAUCAUAGCGAGGACAUCAUCAAGCAAUGAUCCCGACAAAUGUUUGCCAACUGUCAUAGCACAUAGAGGUGCCAGUGGGUAUAUACCAGAACAUACCCUUGGUUCAUAUGCACUAGCCAUUACAAUGGGCGCAGACUACGUUGAACCCGAUUUAGUCAUGACAAAAGAUGGAGCCCUUAUCGCGAGACACGAUAACGAACUUGGAUUGACAACAAACGUGGCACAACAUCCAGAAUUCGCUAACAGACAUAAAACUCAAACUGUAGACGGUGCAGAAGUAAGUGGUUGGUUUACUGAAGACUUUACACUUGCAGAAAUCAAAACUCUUAAAGCUAUAGAACGGAUUCCAGAUAUAAGGCCCGGCAAUGCGCGUAUGGAUGGCGUAUUCGAAGUUCCUACAUUCCAGGAAAUCAUUGAUUUAGUUAAAAGCAUAGAAAUCUCACAAAAACGAUCCGUCGGUAUAUAUCCUGAGAUUAAACAUGGCAGUCAUUUCAAGAAUCUUGGUUUGGCGAUGGAACAAUUAGUAGUAGAUACAUUCCACAGUAAUGGUUAUACAAGCCAGGAUUCUCCCGCCUAUAUCCAGUCGUUUGAAGUAGGCAAUCUAAAGGAGCUAAAGAACAUUACAAAUCUGCGCUUAUUACAACUAUUCGAAAGUGAUAAAAGCUCUCAACCAGCUGAUCAAGUAAUUAUUGGCACUAAUCUUACAUAUGGAAACAUGUCUACACCAGAAGGCCUAGUAGAAGUUGCUAAAUAUGCAUACGCUGUUGGACCAGAUAAAUCAUAUAUAAUCCCUAGGAAUGAUGAUAAUACACUUGGAGAAGCCACUACGUUUGUGAAAGAUGCUCAUGCAGCUGGGUUAAAAGUUCACCCAUACACUUUUAGAGCGGAAAAUUCUUUCUUACCGAAGGAAUUUCAAAGCACUGAUCCAGCACCUUCUGCCAGGGGAAACUUGGCCGGUGAGCUGAGAGCCUACCUUGAAGCCGGCAUUGAUGGUAUGUUCUCAGACCAACCGGAUGUGCCCGUCGGAUUACGAGGAAAAUGCUAG